AUGACUGUGUUACUAUGGUGGACGACAGCGGCAUACCGGACGUGCGAGCCGCAGUGCAGGAGCUGCUCACAAACAUAUACCGUGUCCGUCAUCAACCACCAGAAUGAGAACGGCCGUUGCUACAGCGAUUCUCUGCAAGGUCUUCCAUCGCUAGAUCCGGAUCAGGAAUCUGGGAGCAACAAGGAGAAACAGCGCCUGCUCAAUCUGGAGAUCAUCAAGAAGAACCUGGACCGCGGCUGCUACCGGCGUCUCGAUGUGUUCCAGGACGACAUGUUUGCGGUGUUCGCGCGCGGACGCGCUCUCAACAACAUCGACUCAGAGAUCUUUGAGGAUGCGAUGGAGCUACAGCAGUUCUUCAUGCGCGUGCGAGACAAGCUGUGUAAGAGUGGCGACGUGCUCCAGUCUCCCGCGCUCAACAUCACGGAGGUGCAUUUCCAGCGAAUCAUUCAGGAAGAGAAGGAUAAGAAGAAGAUGCAGGAACCGGAGCAGGACGUGAAGGAGGAGGAGGACAUGACUGAGAAGGUGAAAGACGAGGCUAUCAAAGUGGAGGAGGGUUUGGAGAGCCUCACUCUGCGCGACCAGACGUACCGCGUCGGCGACUUUGUCUACGUGGAGCCGCGCGAGGCCGACCUCGAACCUCACAUCGUCUCUAUCGAGAAGCUGUGGAUGGACGUGGAGGGCGAGCGCUAUAUUUAUGGCGCGUGGCACUACCGGCCGCAGGAGACCUACCACCUCACCACCCGCAAGUUCCUAGAGAAGGAAGUGUUUAGGAGCGACUACCAGGCCAAGCGACCGCUGGGAAGCGUACUGGGCAAGUGUCACGUCAUGUUCGUCAAGAACUACUUCACCAGCCGGCCGGAGGGCUUCCAAGACAAGGACGUGUUCGUCUGCGAGUCACGCUACAGCGUCAAGAGCCGCAGCUUCAAGCCAAUCAAGAAGUGGCAAGCGCCCGUCAAUCCGCACGUUGUCGUCGUCGCCCGCGACUGCCCCCUGGUGCCGACGCGCGUCCCGUCCGUCUUCGCUCCGAAGAAGGCCUACGACGCGAGCGGCUUCCACGGAGAGUUCAUGAUCAUCGACAAGGACCGGCCGAACGUGUCGUGCAACGUUGCGAACCCGGACGAGGGUUGCAGCUACUACGACCAGUACAACAUUCCGCUGGGCACGUUCAAGCUGGGCGACUGCGUGUACGUGCGCUCGGAGAGCGAGCGACCCUACAUCGCACGCAUAGACCGCAUGUGGACCGACCAGAGCGGCGACCCCUACUUCCACGGGCCGUGGUUCAUCCACCCGGCGGAGGUCGACCACGAGCCGACGAAGAUGUUCUACAAGCGAGAGGUGUUCCUCAGCUCCGUCGAGGACACGAACCCCAUGCUGAGCAUCACGGGCAAGUGCUGCGUGCUCAGUUACCGUGACUACACAACACUGCGUCCGACGGAGGUGAGUGAGCAGGACGUGUACGUGUGCGACUCGCGCUACCAGGAGGCUGAGCGGCUCAUACGCAAGCUGCUGAAGGGCAUCAAGCGCGGCGCGAAGGUGUCGCCGAGCGUCACCGACGACGAGACGUACUACUUCAGGCAGGCCGUCGUGCCGCAGAAGGUGCAUACCCCGUCGCCGCCACCGUCGCAUGCUGCCGGCUGGAGUAGCCUACCUGCCCAGGCCCUCUCUCCCGUUCUCCCACCAUCCUCAGCCGCAUCCCGCUAGCCUCGUGUCAAACCAGGGGCAUUACGUUCAGCACUAUCCCCCGCCUCCGCCGCUGCCGCCGCCGCCACAGAUUGCACUUCAGCCAGCUUUCUCUGCACAAGGUAGAUGGUCUAGACUUUACACUGCACUGUUGCUCUCCGAGAGUCACUCUCUUCGUACGGAAGCGCGUGCGUGCGUGCGUGCGUGCGUGUGUGUGUG